AUUAGUUGUGUUUCAAACGAAUUGGCUUGCAUUUUGUUGUAAUAAAUUGGUUCAAGAAGUGGAAAAAAGAAUUGCGUUGUUCAAAACAGAUUGACAAAGAAAAAUGUUUCGUUUAUUUAUAAGUGAUUGCAUUUUUGUCAACGGUAAUUUUUAUAAUGGCGGCAUUCUGGUGAAUUACGAUGGUAAAAUCGAAGAAAUUUUCAAAGAUCGAGCAAAACUUGACGAAUGGUUACAUUCAAACGAUAAUUUUGAGAUCAACGAUUAUACAGAUUUGGUACUAAUGCCUGGACUAAUAGAUACUCAUGUCCAUAUAAGCGAACCAGGUCGCAGUGAAUUAGAAGGUUUUGAAACUGGAACGAAAGCAGCUGCCGCCGGCGGUUUCACCACAAUCAUCGAUAUGCCAUUAAAUGCGAUCCCACCAACGACGACCGUUUCCAAUUUAAUAGAAAAACAAAAGGCAACCUCGGGUAAAAUUUGCGUCGAUGUUGGAUUCUGGGGCGGUAUUAUCCCAGGCAAUGCAAACGAUUUGUGUUCACUGCAUGAAGCAGGUGUGGUUGGAUUUAAAUGCUUUCUUCAUCCAAGCGGAGACGAGACAUUUCCGUGUGUGACGGAAGAUGAAGUUGAAUUGGCUUGCCAACAAUUGGCCGAUUCAGAUGCAUUGAUUGCGUUUCAUGCGGAAAAGUGUAAUGAUGAUUGUGCCGUUGAAACAAAUGAUACUAAUGAUGACGAUGAAGAUGUUUACGAAUACAAUACGUAUUUGAAAACUCGGCCAGCUUCUCUAGAGCUGAAUGCUAUUGAAAUGGUGAUACGCGUUGCUAAAAAAUAUGAUAACAUUCGAGCGCAUAUCGUCCAUUUGUCUGCAGCCAGCGCAGUGCCGUUGAUAAAAGAUUUCCGAAAUGCUCAUGGAAAUCGUUUAACAGUGGAAACUUGUCAUCAUUAUUUGGUUCUAAAUGCUGAGGAUAUCCCUAGAUAUCGUUGCGAUUUCAAAUGUUGCCCACCAAUCCGGGAUCUAGAAAAUCAAACAGAACUGUGGGAAGCUAUAAAAGCUGGUGAUAUUAAUAUGGUCGUUUCAGAUCAUUCACCGAAUGUGCCAGAGAAGAAAUUACUCGUGGAAGGUUCACCGGAUUACGGGAAUUUUGUUGAAUCUUGGGGAGGUAUUGCCGGUGUACAGUUCGGUUUAUCAUUGUUCUGGACGGACUGUGGAAAAUACGGCCUACAUAUUGAAGAUAUGAUUCGUUUGAUGUGUGAAGAACCAGCGAAGCUGUGCAAAUUUGACCAUCGUAAAGGAAAAUUAGCAAAAGGAUAUGAUGCGGAUUUUUGUAUAUGGGAUCCAUCCGCUGAGUUUACGGUGACAGAGGAAAUGAUUCACUUCAAAAAUAAAGCCAACCCAUACAUGGGACAACGAUUAAGGGGUCGUGUACAUGCUACAAUUGUUCGUGGUCAAAUUGCUUACAAACGCACCACUGCGGAAACAUUCAAUUUCGUUGGCAGUUUAUUGAAAAAGAAAAAUGCAUAAAAUUUGUAUGGAGAAGUGAACGGGAAAAAAAUAGGUCUUGGCCAAUAAAUCGUUCAUGUGUAUCAUCUUUCGAUGCUCGAUGCAAUUUUGAGGCGUGAAGACAAUUUAAAAACAUAUACCAAAUGGUACCGCGAUUCCAUUUCAUUGGGUCCUGUUGCUGCACACGAUGACACAUGAGACGGAAUAUUUCACAUAUCGUCUGCCGUUCCGAUCAUUUGAAAAAUGCCCAUUGCGCCCGAAACGAGUGCAUGGAGAGAGGAAGAGCGACAUAGAGAGAGAGAGAGAUGCACACAGAGAACGAAUGGCACCAUGAUGAAUAGAAUGAACAAGGAUACACAACACACAAAAUGCAUUGAGAUAAAUGCGUUUGCUACAUGUGUCGUGCAUCUUUAAUGCAUGAAAUACACUGCGACUAAAUCCAAAAGGCUCCGGUAUUGUAUUAUCGUCAUCUGAUAUCGUCGUCGUCGUCGUCAUUGUUAUUUUUAAUGGUCAAUAAAAAAAAAGAAGAAAAUAGUCAUAGCAAUGAAUGUAUAUCCAAGCGUUUGUAUUUCAGCUUUAGAUUACAUAGUGAUUCGGUUUGUUCUUCUUCGUUUUCGGUUUUCUCGUUUUUUCCUCUCUUUAAUUUGAUUUGAGAGGGAAAAAAACUCAUUUUCAGGCUCCGAAGGUUUAAUCUGCUUGGCUGCUGAUUAGAUUAAAAUGAUAUGCUCAAUAUCAUAUUGAAGCUU